AGCCUGCUUACAGACAUGCGCAGCUUCUUCUGGUCCCCUCUCCUCCGUUCGCCGUACACCAAGAUGGCGACCUCUCUUCUAACGCUUCUGCUUAGGCGGCUCUCGGGCCUCACACCUGUCAGAGGUGUCCACUGGGUGCAGGCUACUCCUCGGGCACUAUGCACCAAAGCUUUCCCUGAGGAAGAAUCCUCCGUUCCUGUCUCCCCCUAUCAGGAUGCUCCCUGGGAAUAUCUGGAGACAGAAGAAUACCUAGCUCGAUAUGGCUCCCGUCCAGUCUGGGCUGACUAUCGACGAAACUACAAAGGUGGCGUCCCACCACAGCGAACCCGUAAGACAUGCAUUCGAGGAAACAAAGUUGCUGGGAAUCCUUGCCCCAUCUGCCGGGAUCGGAAGCUCCAUGUGGACUUUAGAAACGUGAAGCUCUUGGAGCAGUUUGUCUGUGCUUACACAGGUGUCAUCUUCCAUGCUCCAUACACAGGUGUCUGUAUGAAGCAGCAUAAGAAGCUGACAGAGGCCAUCCUGAAGGCCAGAGACCAUGGUUUUCUCAGGUACCACAUCCCACUGGUACAGCCACGAGAUACUGAUUUCAGCAACUCCCAUGGGGCUGUGGGCAGUACCCCAGUGGCUCCUGCCUUAGCUGCAGGUACCUCCUGGUAUCCAUGGUACAACUGGCAGCAGCCACCUGAGAGAGAGCUGGCCCGUCUUCGACGUCUAUAUCAAGGCCAUCUUAAGGAAGAGAGUGGACCCCCACCAGAGAUGAUGCCCAUAGUUCCAUCUCAAACUAAUAUUCUCACUGAGGGAGAGGAAUCCAGGAGGGUCCAGUAGAAAGGAAGUGAUAGAUGUUCUCUGUGGUGCUCCAAAGCUUAAGGGAUGGCUGUUAGAAAGUCCUGAUGCCUAAA